AUGAAGUUCUCCAUCAUCGCCGCUACUCUCAUCGCCGCCGUCGCUGCUCAGUCCAGCGACGAGGUCUGCUCCGCGCCCGUCACUGUCACCGUCACUGAGACGAUCUCUGUGGGCAUCCACACCCCCAGCGCCCCGGCCUCUCUUGCCGUCACCGCGCCUGCUCCCUACCCCACUGGCAGCGUCGUGGUUCCUCCCGUCGCCCCCACUGGCGCCAGCACUCCCCUCGCUUCUGAGGUCGGCACCGUUGCGCCGUCCGGCACUGGGGCUUACAGCGCGCCCGUCUCCGAGUUCACUGGUGCUGCUAGCCACGCCAAGGUCGGCGGAUUCGUCGCUGGUGUUGGUGCCGUCGCCGCGCUCUUCUUGUAG